AUGGAUGUGCCCAGGAUGGCCGAGGGCCUCUUCAGCAGCACGCUGUCCUCGUCGGGCGGCGGCCAUCACGUGCCUUCCUACCUGACGCUGGAGCAGAAGGCGGCGUUCGUCUUCGUGCUGCUGCUCUUCAUCUUCCUGGCCCUGCUCAUCGUCCGCUGUUUCCGCAUCCUGCUGGACCCCUACCGCAGCAUGCCCUCGUCCAACUGGACAGACCACACCGAGAAGGACACGUUCGAUUACCGCAUCGUGUGA